CCAAUGGCGCCUUCCACCACCAUCGCCGAUCCUCAGCCAUCUUCAACCACUGAUUCAUCCAAUUCAAACGCCGCCGCAGCAGAGAAUGAUAUUCGGCCGUUUUUUGUUCUCCACAAGGCUUCGUCUGGGAAGAAAUCAACUGGUACGGUGAGGGCUAAACGGAGGAUCGAUUCACCUGCACCUAAACUCGCUAAGAAGUCUGAGAUCGAAAGUACGGAAGUGGAAGACGGAGAAUAUUUCUCAACGCUGCGUUUGAAAGUCUUCGAGACUGUUUGGUCGAAAAUCGACAAAACAAUCCAAGAUGUUCUGAGAGAUUCACACUCCAAAGUGUUUAGUGGGGUUCAUGAUUGGAUAUGUGAAUCAUUUGAAUCGAUCAGAUCAUGUGGAGCAUUGAGUUUAUCAGAAGCUGUUCGGUCUUAUCCUGUUUUAUCUCAGCCUUCUUCCAAGCAGUUGUUUACUGCUUUGGUCCUUACCAGGAAUCUGGAAAUGGUUGAUGAUUUACUGACAUUUGAAGAUCUUGGUUUGCAUUUGAAAUCUCAAGGAUGUCAUGUGGGUAAGCUUUCAUCCAUGGACUUCUCUACCAAGAAUGGUGUAGGAGGUUGUCUUAGAGGUUUGUUGCGCCAGUUUGUGAUGCCAACCGUGGAUGUGGCUGAUGUAACCAUUCUCGCAUCGUGGUACAGAGAAAACGGAAACCAUAAUAAUCCCGUGGUUAUAAUUGUGGAUGAUACAGAGAGAUGUUCUGGGUCUGUUUUGUCAGAGUUAAUCCUUAUAUUGAGUGAAUGGGCAGUCAAAGUUCCAGUUUUUUUAAUAAUGGGGGUGUCCACAGCACACGAUGCGCCUAGAAAGAUACUAUCAGCGAACGCGCUGCAGAGAAUUUGUGCCACUAGGUUCACCCUGAGUUCUCCGGCCGAACGUAUGGAUGCAGUUCUCGAGGCUGUUUUUCUAAAGCCAUGUUCUGGGUUCACCGUUAGCCAUAAGGUGGCACUUUAUAUGAGAAGUUACUUUUUGAGUCAAGAUGGAACGCUGACAUCAUUUGUUAAAACUCUCAAGAUAGCUUGUCUUCAGCAUUUCUCAUUAGAGCCUUUAAGCAUCAUGCUUGAGCACUUUUGUCAAGAUAAUCAGCCGCCAGGUGAAGGUACUGGGCUAUUGACAGAAGCAACAAUGAAGCAUGCUUUUGACUUGCCAUCUGUGACGAGGAAUAAAAUUACUCGGAGUACUUGUGAAAUGCUGCCUCAGUUUUUGUUGGACUUGCAAAGGAUGCCUAAGCCUUGGAGCAUAGUAGUUUUGUGCAUAUACGAAGCGGGGAAGUUUGAUAAAAUUCGAUUGAUAGACGUAUUCUGUGAGACACUUGACCCAGAAGCACGUUACUUGAAAUACUUUUCACCUUCAGCAAGCCUCAACAGUCAGAGUCACGUUUCAGGACGGAAUAGUGUUAUCAGACGGGUUCUGCGCAAGCUCAGGGAUUUUUCACCUGCACAGUUGUCUAGCUUGUUGAAAAGCUGGGAAAGUCUGACUGCGGAGUUCAGUGAGAUCAGUGACAAAGUAAUGGAAUUGCAUCCGCUCAUGAGAAAUGUGGAAGCAGCUGGUCAGAGACCGGGACUUCCUUCCAGCCCAAAAAAGCAUGCAUCCCGGAGCCAUUCAAAGCUUGAAAAGGAGCUUAAAGCCAUGACUGAUAAGGUUUCCGCAAUCAUAGAAUUCAUGCUAAGGGAAUAUAUGAAGCCAGUUGAGACUGUUCCUUUCAAUGAAAUUUUAUGUUACAAGAAUGUCGAUAAACUUCAAUCUGCAUUGCUUGGAGACCCGAGAGGCAGGAUCCAAUCAGAUCUACUGGAAUCUUACAAUAUACUCCACUGUAUGUGCUGUAGCCAAAGAGGCACAAGUCUAUUGCCUUCCAUGCACGAUACAUCGAUUUUGUACACGCUGGCGCAAGAGCACGCUGAUGUUAUUAACCUCCAUGACUGGUACCAAUCUUUCAAGACGAUACUUAUUCCCCGGAAUAGCAAAGCAAAACUAAAAUCAAAGACAUGUUCAAAAUCCAAGAAACGGAAAGAUAGAUGCGAAGAACCAGAACCGGAACAACCUGCUGAAGCUUCAAUUCAAGCUAGAUUUUGCAGAGCUGUAAUGGAGCUUCAGAUUGCUGGACUUAUUCGCAUGCCUUCAAAAAGACGUCCUGAUUAUGUGCAAAGAGUGGCCUUUGGUUCCUAAGAAAUAGUCUCAAUACUUCCAUUGUAAGCUUAUAGUGUGUUUGGAGUUUUCGAAUUUCUCUUCUUAUGUGAGAUUCCUAAAGUUUUCGAAUUCUUCAUAAUACUAAGAGUAGAAUUAUUAUGAACACAGGCGAGAUCUCAAUCUAGACAAGUAAUC